GACUGUUAGGCGGGAAAGAAUAAGGUGACGGGCAGCAUAGUCAGGCACUGCCGGGCCUGUCCUGGCGAUCGUCAGACAGUGUGCGAGGCCGCGAGUGUCAGGCCGCCCCUCUCAGCCCGCCUGGAAAACAACUCAACUCGGGGAAAAUUAAGGCCGCGCGGCGCAGGGGGGCGGCGCCGCUGGAGGUGACGAGGAGGCCGACCCUGAACAGCGGCUGGAGAUGGCGGAGAUAACAGAGUGUGGGUCAGGCCAGUGCCGCACGGCAGAGGAAGGCAGGAACGGGGGAGGUGGCAAGGUCGACUCUGGCAGUGACGAGGAGGUUGACUCUGACAGUGACGACUAUAAGAGGAUGUUGAGGAGGCUGAUGGCGAAACGCCGCGCGGCGGAGGAGGGCAGGGCCGCGGGAGGUGGAGAGCAGGUCCACUCUGACGGUGGCAGGAGGGUGGUUAUAAGGAGUAGGACGAGCCUGGUGAAGCCAGGACGCGCGGCGGAGGAGGGCAGGGCCGCGGGAGGUGGAGAGCAGGUCCACUGUGACGGCGACAAGGUCGUCUUUGGAGGUGGCGGGAGGGCCAAGCCUUUUAUUAAAGCGAAGCUAGCCCCCGCGAUGCUGGAGGGCCGCUCUAAACAGGAGCUGCUGAUGGCGGUGGAGAAAGGUGACGAGUACAGGCUACGUAACGCCCUGAGGCACCUCUCCAAGAGGGCCAUCAACGAAAUCCUCCCCGGGUCGCUCUACACAGCCCUGCAAAUCGCGGCCAAGAACAACUUCCCCAAGCUGGUGACCGCCCUGCUGGAGGCCGGGGCGGACCCGAACAUCCAUCAGAACUCCAUAUCCUUUCAAAGGUGUCCCCUUCACUAUGCCGCCAAGAAUGGCAACGCGGAGGUGGUCAAGGCCCUCCUGAAGAAAGGUGCCGACCCCAACGCCAAGGACGAGUUUGGCCACACGGCCCUUCACUACGCCUCCGAAAACAACUUCCCCAAGCCGGUGACCGACCUGCUGGAGGCCGGCGCGGACCCCAACACCAAGGAAUUCCCAUGGAAUCAAUUCUUUCCCCUUCCCUACGCCGCCAAGAAUAGCAACGUUGAGGUGGUGAAGGCCCUUCUGGAGAAAGGUGCCGACCCCAACGCCAAGGACUGGCGGCAUGGCAACACGGCACUCCACCUCCUCGCCGAACACUGGAACACCGACGAGGACUCCUACAAGGCCUGUCUGGAUGCCCUCCUGGCCUGCAACAAGACCUUCGUGGACGUCCUCAACUAUGGUGGACAGUCUCCGCUCUCCAUUGCCACCCACAGGGGCUGUAGAAACAUGGUGGAGCAGCUUAUAUACAAGGGGGCGAACAUUAAGACAACUUAUUACAACAAAACCGCUGAGGAUCUUAUCGAGAAUAAGCUCCCUGGCUUGCUGGACUCCAUCGACUCCUCCGCCAUCGUUGAGCCACAGAGGCACCUCAGCGAGGAGCUCUACAACGCUCUGAUCCGCCGCGACAUUGAACUCUUUCGGGAGAUCCUGGACGAGAUCAAGAAAGACGAGUCGCAGUCCAUGAAGUCAGUGCUGGAGCAGGAACAAGGGGGGUACACACUGCUGAUGUAUGCAUGUAAGGAAGGACUGACGGACUUCGUGAAGGAGUUGCUGAAGCGCGGUGCUGACCCUUCACAGCAGGACCUGACCAGCAAGAUAAACCCGAUCCUGUACGCGGCAGAGCACGGCUACUACAAGAUACUCAGGCUCCUGCUGCUGGUGCUGAGGGGCCAGGGUGCCCAGAACACAGAUUACAGGAAGGUGAAGGCCGCCCUGAAGAAGACAGAUUACAUGAAGGAGACGGCUCUGCACAAGGUAGUGAAGAGGGAGUAUGACAAUAAAGAGGAAGGCGUUGAUUAUUCCAAGUGUCUGGAGCUGCUGCUGGACAAGAAAUGGUUGCUGGACCUGGACGUGCAGGCAGAGCUCGGGUAUACAGAGAAACGGUCCCAAGGUCUGGAUGCAAGGGAUGAAGGCAGGGGCACGGAGGAAUGUUUGGUGGAUCUGGAUGCACAGAGUAAGUUAGGGUUCACGGCUCUGCAUCACGCUGUUCUCCACAACGAUCAGAGUUUUGUGCGUGAGCUCCUCCUCAGCGGGGCAAACUUCAGCAUCAAGAGCCGGUUAGGGACGCUGGCCAUCACAGACAUCCAGCCGUCAGUCCUGGAGGAGGUGCUCAACGACUGCAUAAAGUCAUGUAACGAAGAAUUCAACGAUAACUUUAAGAUCAUCCUCCACUACAAUAUACUGGCGCCCAAACAGACAUUGCAGCAGCCGGAGAUACAGCCGGAGAUGGAGUUCCUGAGGUGCCUGAGUAACUCAAGCAAGCACAGAUACCUCCUUGUGCACCCCGUGAUUGACACGUUCCUGUUCCUGAAGUGGCAGAAGAUCAAGAAAUACUUCCAUUUGAACAUCCUGGUAUACUCGGCCUUCCUCAUCCUCCUGACAAUUUACAUCCUUCUCUUCCAUGGGACCUUCACACCCUCGACGGAUGCUGACCUAAGCGGACACAAUGCCACAACCAACACAAGCGUUCCAGACCCAAUAAAGCUCAACAUGGCCCUCAAGAUGAGCCUGCAAGUCCUAAUCUCCAUCUGCACCUUGUAUCUUGCAGUGAGGGAAGGGAUUCAACUCUAUGUCUCCUGGAGACAGUACCUGAUGAGGAUGAAGAACUGGCUUGAGAUCUUGAUAAUCCUCAUGACCUGCAUGGUGCUGUUCAUGCCCAUGGAGGCGGCGGUGCAGCAGAGCGUGUGUGCCUGGCUGGUGCAGUUCUCGUGGAUAGAGUUGGUGCCGCUGCUGGGGGGGCAUCCAGCCCUGUCCAUCUAUAUCACCAUGUUAACCAAGGUGAUUGACAGGAUCGUGAAAUUCAUCGCCAUGUUCUCCUCCAUGGUGGUGGCCUUCAGCAUCAGCUUCUACCUGGCGUUUCAAGUGGACGAGCACUUCAACACCACCUCCUUCACCCCCUUCCACAAUUCCCUCCUCAAGACCCUAACCAUGGCCACCGCGGAGAUCGAGUACACGGAUCUCCCCCUCGACACCUUCCCCCUCUCCUCACGCCUCCUCUACGUGGCCUUCGUGUUCCUCAUUAUGCUCGUCCUCAUGAACCUGCUCAACGGCCUGGCGGUGAGCGACAUCCAUAAGAUCCAGCAGGAGGCGGAGAUCGUCAGCUCCAGCAGCAGGGUAAAGCUGAUGUACUACAUUGAGUCUGUGUUGCUGGCCAGUCCGCUGCACCACAUCUUCCAGCGGUCACUGCUGUGCUGUGAGGGCGGUGAGGAGAAGGUCGAGGAUGACUUCUCCUUCGCAGCCCAUCCGGGGCAGCACAACCCCGCUAGGAAGCUCCUCAACCGCCUGGGACGCAGCACAUUCGUGUUCCAGACUUGUUUCUACGAUAAGCAAAGCAGGCCUGUGUUCCCAAACCUCCACAAGACCAUGUGGUACGUCUGUCACUGCCGGUGCUUACAGCUGACGAAGGCGCAGAUUGAGGCGGCCAAGGACGUGGUGCUGCAGAAGAAACACAAUGCGGCCAACCAUCACCUCCCAGGGAUGGAGUCUCGUCUGGAUCAGCUGACGGCCGCAGUUUCAUCCCUCACGGAGAAGGAGAAGGUGGACAAACACAUGGUGAUGGAGAAGGAGCUCGCUACAGCCAACCAUCGUCUCUCAGGCCUGGAGUCUGGCCUGGAUCAGCUGAUGGACACAGUUUCGUCCCUCACGGAGAAGGAGAAGGUGGAGAAACACGUGGUGCUGGAGAAGGAGCUCCCCACAGCCAACCAUCGCCUCUCAAGGCUGGAGUCUCGCCUGGAUCAGCUGACGGCCGCAAUGCUGGAGAAGGACCACGAUGCAACCAACGACCGCCUCUCGGGGCUGGAGUCUUGCAUGAAUCAGCUGAUGGACGCAGUUUCGUCCCUGACGGAGAAGGUGGACCAACACGUCCUCUGUCCGUCCCCGCAGUGACGCCAGAACACCCUGGCCAAGGCGGACGCCUGAUUCCUUGUGUCGUGCUGAAGACUGCGAUGAUAUUAGCCCAGAGGAAGCAGUGAAGGGAAAACGUUCAAACAAUGGACAGAGUGAACAAGGCACAGCACCAAGAAGCCUCAACUGAACUGAACUGAACAAAACUGAGAUGCCCUGAACUGAAGUGAGAGUAAGCGGCCGUACCAAGGAGGCAGAGCACGGCAGCUUCUUCCUCAAGUUCUUGUUGAUCUUGUCGCAGAAGCUGACCGGCUCCCACCCAUCCCGCCAGAAGGGGAUGGACACCGUCUCCCCAAAGUGAUGCAGCUGCAGCCCGCACCAGCCCACCGCAUUCAGGAUGAACGCACCGAGGCAACAAGUACAAGCUGGCACGUCAAGACAGCGGCUGAGUCUUUCCUUCUGCCUGCUGUCAGCAAUGGGGAGUCAGGAGGAGAUGCAUAAAUCAUAAAUAGUCACUCAGUUUUCCGGCACUUCAGAGAGACACGUUUUUACAGGUAUUCUCAUUAGUCUUCAUAAUAAAUGCUGUUACUACUAAGUCACGUCUGUAGCCAUUGUUCAAAGAGAUCCUGUGUGUGUGUGUGUGUGUGUGUGUGUGUGUGUGUGUGUGUGUGUGUUGGGAAGUUACCUGUCUCAUGAACACUUCUGCAGCAAUUGACUGCCAUCUUUGCACACACACACACACACACACACGUAGUUGUAUAAAUUCUACACAAAAUAGCUGAGUUUUCUAGCAAUUCAAAUCGUCAAAUUAGCCCGUCCGCUGCGAUUGGCACGGAUUUUGCCUUCACUGAGCCCCUGGCGGCUGUGCUGAGAGCGAGAGAAAAAAAAUGUGCCAGUGUGGGCCGGGAGUUGGAAGUGAGUGUAUUUCCAUAAAAUUGCUCCUUUUCUUGCCCGGCCCACACCUAACACAAUGGAGGCAAGUUUACCAAAACCUUACAGGACACAACUAAAUAGUUGUACUACAUGAUGAUGUUUGAGGGUGUUGGGUGAGUACCACCAAAUUGGGCGGUCAGCCCAAACAGGCCACUUCUUUGAUGCAACCUUUCAAUGGUGAGUGCGUCAAACCAAAUAAUGGUCAGGAGUAAAAAUGACUUAGAAAAUCCUCAAUUCUAACAUCCUAAAAGGGUUUUUUGAUACCCCCACUGUUUCUACAAGUGCCCGGCCAAGGGUUAAAGCCACUUAUAAAACCUGAUCCACUCUCCUCCCCACACCCUUUGCCUGGACAGGGAAUGCAGCUUGCUCUCAAUGCAACAUUACCUUCCCCUCCUCUAUGCUCAACAAGACUACCAGGACGUGAGGGCUUACAAAGCUCUCUAGCCAUCAACCUUUGCUAGUCAGGAAGGAAAAGCUGUACCGUUCCGCUCCCAACCAAGGAAAAAUGAGGCUCAGCUUGUUACACACACACACACACACACACACACCUGACACUAAUAACAACAAUAACAAUAAUAAUAAUAAUAAAAAUAAAUAAAUAAAUAAAUAAACAUACUGACCGGACCGAAAUUAUAACCUUUCAACUUCGUUGGCGGAGGUAAUAAUAAUAAUAAUAAUAAUAAUAAUAAUAAUAAUAAUAAUAAUAAUAAUAAUAAUAAUAAUAAUAAUAAUAAUAAUAAUAAUAAUAA